GCCCUGCCCGGCCCGCCCUGCUCGUCAGUUCGCUCCUUCCCUCCCUCCCCCGGCGCGCUCCGGCCGCCGCAGCGCUCCCCGCCCUCGAGCCGCGGUGCCGGAGUCGCCCGGCGCCCGAAGAAGAGGUGGAGGGAGCCGGAGAGGCCCGCCGAGGCGGCGGCGGCGGCGGCAAGAUGGCGGACUUCCUGCCGUCGCGGUCCGUGCUGUCCGUGUGCUUCCCCGGCUGCGUGCUGACGAGCGGCGAGGCCGAGCAGCAGCGCAAGUCCAAGGAGAUUGACAAAUGCCUGUCCCGGGAGAAGACCUACGUGAAGCGGCUGGUGAAGAUCCUGCUGCUGGGCGCGGGCGAGAGCGGCAAGUCCACCUUCCUGAAGCAGAUGCGGAUCAUCCACGGGCAGGACUUCGACGAGCGCGCGCGCGGGGAGUUCCGCCCCACCAUCUACAGCAACGUGAUCAAAGGUAUGAGGGUGCUGGUAGAUGCUCGAGAGAAGCUUCAUAUUCCUUGGGGAGAUAACUCAAAUCAACUCAAUGGAGACAAGAUGAUGUCAUUUGAUACCCGUUCCCCCUUGGUGGCCCAGGGACUGGUGGAAACUCGAGUUUUUUUACAAUAUCUUCCUGCUAUAAGAGCGUUAUGGGCAGACAGCGGCAUACAGAAUGCCUAUGACCGACGUCGAGAAUUUCAACUGGGUGAAUCUGUAAAAUAUUUCCUGGAUAACUUGGAUAAACUUGGAGAACCAAAUUAUGUUCCAUCACAACAAGAUAUUCUGCUUGCCCGAAGGCCCACCAAAGGCAUUCAUGAAUACGACUUUGAAAUUAAAAAUGUUCCCUUUAAAAUGGUCGAUGUAGGUGGUCAAAGAUCAGAAAGAAAACGUUGGUUUGAGUGCUUCGACAGUGUGACAUCAAUACUUUUCCUUGUUUCCUCAAGUGAAUUUGACCAGGUGCUUAUGGAAGACCGACUGACCAAUCGCCUUACAGAAUCUCUGAACAUUUUUGAAACAAUUGUCAAUAACCGGGUUUUCAGCAAUGUCUCCAUAAUUCUCUUCUUAAACAAGACAGAUUUGCUUGAGGAGAAAGUGCAAAUUGUGAGCAUCAAAGACUAUUUCUUAGAAUUUGAAGGGGAUCCCCACUGCUUAAGAGACGUCCAAAAAUUCCUGGUGGAGUGUUUCCGUAACAAACGCCGGGACCAGCAGCAGAAGCCCUUGUACCACCACUUCACCACUGCUAUUAACACCGAAAACAUCCGCCUGGUUUUCCGUGACGUGAAGGAUACUAUUCUUCAUGACAACCUCAAGCAGCUUAUGCUACAGUGAUAUACAAAAGACUUGCUGUUUUAAUGCCUUUUUGUCUUUUUUAUUGUUUUCUGUUUGUUUUGUUUUUUCAAAUAGUUUACAACAGGAAUUAGAAAAAUCUUGAUGCUGUGUUGAAGUUCUUGGAAAUCUGAGUCCUUCUUCUGCAGACUUUGGUUUGUGGCUGAAAGCUGCUUGAAUAACAACAUAUUGCCAAUAUCUGCUGAAGUUUAGGCUUUGAUCGGUUUCGCUAUGGCUUCCAUUAGAGUGGAGUUGUAAUUUUCUGCCAAACCUCAGUCGAGGUAUAAUUCAGGCUUUAACACCUUCCACUUUCAAACUGAAUUGUCCUGUAGUGCCAAGUAUAGCAGGUGUCCUUGAGUAUUUGUAGUAUGAGGUUGAGAAUAUUCAGUUCUAAAACAAAUAAGAUACCUUUUGUCUGCCUGACACAUAGCAGCAACACUCGUGCCUAGCUUUAUGGUGACCUAUUUUGAAAUGGCUAUUGGAAAAAAUUUUGAUCUUAGGAAUGACAUUCUAUAGAUUCACCAGAUUUAGCCUUCAUGUAUUUUUCAUUACAUGCAUAACAGUUGUUUUGUUUUAAAAUUUCUGUGGUUCCUAAAGGUAAUGUUUUUAGUGUUUAAAGUUUACAUGAGGAUUUCCGGUGUGAUGCUAAUGGAAGAUCACAAAUGGUACGGGGGAGCAAAAGGCAAGCAAGUGCCAUAUGUAGUGUUUUGGUCAAAGCUAUGAGUGAAAUACAAUUUACCCUUUUCAUAUUUAAACAUGUAAUAAAAGUGUCAGAUGUGAAACAUCUUGGCAAUGGCAGUAACUAAAAAUUGCAAGCAACUUGAUAACAGAACUUUCUAAAUAAACAUAACCUUUCCAGAUGUUAUGUGUUUUACUCUCAGACUUUUAAAUCCUGUUUCAGAUUAUUGGGGGCCUUACUGUAGGAAACCAUUUUGCUUUUGUUUUUGUUUUGUUGUUUUUUUAAGUAUAUUGUAUUGAUUUUUUACAGAGAGGAAUGGAGAAGAAUCGAGAGUUCGAAACAUCGAUGAGAGAGAAACAUCGAUCAGCUGCCUCCUGCACACUCCCUACUGGGUAUGCGCCCGCAACCAAGGUACAUGCCCUUGACCAGAAUCGAACCUGGGACCCUUGAGUCCGAAGACCAACGCUCUAUCCACUGAGCCAAACCGGUUAGGGCAGGAAACCAUUUUGUACCAUCACAAACGCUUUUCUUUUGCUCUCCUGUCUAUUCCCAUUAAUUCAGAGAGUGGCAUUUUUGGGAUUUUUUGUUGUUCAUUUGGAGCUUGCAGUAUUUUUGUAUCAAACUGUUCAAGAUACAAGAAGGUAUCAUUUCAAAUUCCUACUCAUUCUUGGUAUGCCACUAAAAAAGCACAGUAUGUGCAUGUUCAUUUAUGAAAUUCCAGCUUUAUUGAGGUGCAUUUGGAAUGUUUUAAGGAUAUUCCUGAGAACGAGAUAAUAUUUUUAGUUCACACCAACAUCUGAUUGCAUUUGACCUCCCUCCAUUUCUUACCAAAUGAAAACAUACCCAUGCAAUAGCUUUUUGAUUCCAGAUACACUCACAGCAGACUCUUCAGAAUGGCUGGUUUGCAGUACUGAAAAUCCUGGCUUGCAGGGUAAGUGCAGUGUUGGAAUUGGAUUAGGGAAAAGAUGGACAAGGCUGGGGACAGUUUGGAAAAUGGCAGCUUUUCUCCUUUUCCUGAAAAUUGUGACUAAGACUGUGAUAUUCGUCACUUUACUGUAUAGCUGACUGGGUUCUCAGGUAUUUUCUUGGCGAGGAAGUUCUUGAAAGAUGGGUGAACAUUAUGAGCCACCCACCUUUACGACAAUGGCUCUUGGUCUGUCUUGCUGUCUAGUAUAAGAUAGGGCUUUUCUCUGAGCUAACCAGGGAUUGUUCUUGCAUACCUGACUUUGCUUGCAUUUGCAGUUCCAUCCAUAGUCACUCCCAGUAUUUUCAUGCCUUGGUGAUAUAUGACCUCCAGACCUGUCGCCCACAUGAUAAUGCAAGUGUCCAUGCAUGUUUAAACAUCUAGUGCUUCUUGCCAAAAAGAAUACUUUGUUUAAAUUCAUAGAAUAAUUUCAGUGCUUCUGAAUAUCAUGUGCACAGUAACAUUUGGACUGUGUGGUGGAGAGCCUGUGUGUAAAUUUAGCUAUUGGUUUUAUGGAAUGGUCAAAACAUUAAUUCCAGCGAGGGGCUGAAGUGAGUUCCCUAUGUGAAGAGGACACUUGGUCUGUUUAUGUUAUAUUUAAGAUUUGUGACGUGAACCAUAAAUAUUGCCUGACAAAGCAGAAAUCACCAGAUUCCCCAUAUUGGCUACCAACAAGAAACAUUGAAACACCAAACAGAUAUGGUAUUAUUUUGGGCAAUUGUGAUUUUCUUUCCUGAUGUGUGUGAUGUCUCAGAGUCAACCUUCUUUUACGGUAAAAUCUAGAAUACACUUUGAGGCAGCAAAUUACUUAUAUUUAAUGGCUGGCUUGUUUAGACAUUCAGUAGAACUAUGAAGUUCAAUCUGAAUGCUUUAGUCCACUCUUUUUAUAUACUGGAUUUUUAAACUGGUUGAAGGAGUCGUUAUACCUAUAUCAUGCAAACCAAAUCCUUUUGAAAUACCACUAUAUGAAGAUGGAGGUGACAGUUAGUAAACAAAAUUAAAAGGGUGCUCAUAGCUAUGCCAAUUUACCCCUAAUCUCUAAAAACAUGAUUUAAAGUUCUUUCAUGUGUUAAGAUUUUCUUAGACUUCAUGAUUAUUUGGAAUAAGAUGUGCCUAAUUUUCUUACAUUCUGUUCUUAAAUCUGAAUGUCUUCUUGUUUAAUUCUUAAGAAAUGCUACAAAAUAUUCUCGUUGACCUUGAAGAACUUUGUAGUAUACAGAGUUGCCUUAUAUUACAAAUCAAAGAACACCACAAAUUUGGGCCUUGAUUUUCAUAUAGGAAAAGGGUUUUGUCAAAUGUUUUCUGAAGAUCCAAAUAAUUCAAAGCGUGCCACUUCUGCUUAAGUAUUAUUUUAAUAACCUGAACCAUUGCUUUCUGCCAAAUACUGUGUUAAGUUUAAAUCUUCAUUUCAAUCUUGUCUGGAAAGGGCACUGGAUGGCUGUAGUGCAGCCGCAAUCCGAGAAGGCAAUGUGAGUGAAAAGGGGCCAUUUAUUUAUUUUGUUUUCUUUGAAGUUUCAUUGGCAUGUAUUUUACAAAGUUAGGAGCCUCUGGUGAAUCGCUCUAGUGAGGUUGUUUCGGGAAAUCCUUGUUCAGUUGGUGGCAGUGGUUGGCUUAAAGUAGAAGGAAGUAAGAUGACCUUACUACCAGAAAUGACUAGAAAUAUUAAUUUAGAUUUGACAGAAAUCAUAUGUCCUAUAAUUUUUUGUAAGAAGGAAUAAAUAAAUCUUAACUUCCAAUGUAUACCCAAAUACUUGUAUUUAUGCUUUUGAUGAAAUGUAUUUUCAGCAUUAAUACACAUAUCCAGUUAUGCCUUAUUUAGAUGAAGAAUAAAGUUACCAAGUUAAUGUUCUGAAACUCAAAUCACUAUUUGAGAAGCCCUCAAAUUGGUGCUUUCAUUAUAUAAUGAUACAUUUAGACAAAACCCCAAACCAAGCCAUUUGCAACAAGAUUUUCUCCAUUGCAAAUUUGUAGCAAUGUUAUUUCUGUAUAUGUAAUGAGAAAGCUAAAUUAUCAGUGUUAACUCUUAUUUGAAUUCAUGGAAUCGUGCCUGUAAAGUUCAGUUCACUAUUUGUAACAAACUCCCUAAUAAAUCUAGAGAAAGUUACUCUGUUACCUUUUCAUUUCUUCUAGUUUUAUUUGAGGAAUCAGGACAGAAAUUUUGCACAUGUCAUUUUCAGUUGGAGAUCUACUUAGUGCUGAGCCACUUUAUCCUGUCAUAUCAACAGGUUAAGUUCCAUUAGUCACCGACAAUCUGGUCAUGUGCUGCUUUACUAACAAAAAAUGAUAGGACACAGAUUGGCUUUCUGUCCAGUAAACAUGAAGGGAGGGAUGGUAUGGGAAUGGGUGUGUAUGUGUCUCCACGUCCCAAAUAAUACAUACCCGUUAUUUUAUGGUACGAGGCUAGGGCUUAAUAAGUUUAUGCUAGAAAUUGAAGUAUAAGACUAAACCUGAGCAUUUUAAACAAGUUGGCUUUCAUGGCUCUUUCAUGGCUUUUUCAAGUACCACCACAUUGAUAUUAGCCUUAGCCAGUUAAGUGAUUCUUAACAUCAUAUAGAGUACAGUGUUUGUACUGCUAGCAUGCUUAUGUCUGUACUUGAAUGUAUAGUUAGCAUUGAAAUAAAUAUGUUCAUUCUUAUUUCAUCCAGGUCUAGCCAUCUGAUUGCAAAUGCCAGAGCUUAUAUGGACCAAAAAAGCAUUAAUGAUAGGGCAGUAUUUUCUGGGUUGAUUAGAGGUUUUGAGACAUACUCGAAUCUGUUCAUAAUGAUCAUUGCCAGAUGCCUCAACGUAUGCUGACUCACUAUGCAUAAAUUUUCAAUCAGUGAAUAUCAUGAUAGAAGUAGGCUACUUUCCUUGCCUUUGUAUUUUAAAAGCUUAUAUAUUUCUUGGCAUAGUAAGUGAUACAUUUGUCCUCAGUCAUGCCUAUUUGAUGGGGUGAGGGGUUAAUUCAUGGAAAGUAUAUGUAAAAAUGCAACAAACUAACAUUCCCCCUUUUUUGUUUUACCUCUUAAAGCAGAAGUAGAAAAUGUUUUCACUGGCUUUUCUGUACAGUACUACUAUCCAGUGGGGAGAACUCAUUUACUACAAGGAGCCUUAUAAAAAAGUAUAUUUUGUAACAACCUCAUAAUACUGUACCCAACCAAACAUUCUUUGUAUUAGUUCUGUAUAAAAGUAUUUGUGGCUUAGGAUUUUUUAUACAUAUAUCUUUUUAUAACUUUCCAGGAACUAAGCGCAUUAUCUGAUAUUGUAAAUUAUUUUCUGUCAGUGCUUUAGUUCAGGGUUGGCAAUAAAUUAUUUCUAAAGGAGGUCUGAAAGUGGCAAGGACAGUUGGGUUUUAUAAAAUGAGUUACUAGUUAUUAAGGCUUUUUACUUUUGUACAUAUUUUGCAGAAUUUUUGCCUCUUUUAAUAUUUGCUUUGUAAAGAUUACUGACAUUUAAUAAACAUUUAUAAACUAUGCAA